CAUAUUGUUUCUCUGAAACCCUAACUACACUCCCUUUCUCUGAAACCCUAACUACAGCCGCCUUCAACAAUCUUCGUAUCAUCAUCAUCAUCGUUCAAUCCCAGAUCUUCAUCAUCCUUUUUUAAACCCUAGCUGUCAACACCGAUUUUUUUCAUCUUCUUGUGAGGUUUUUUCUACACAGAUCUAAAACGCAGGUUUAAUUCGAUCCAAGGCAGCACAACGGCAUCAAUCACAAUUCUAUUUAUUCUUCCUAAUAGGUUUCUUCUCUCUGGAAACCCUAACAUCUAUAGCCAUUUUAUUAUUCAUUCGAAUUCAACAUGUUCAUUACUAUGGAGAAAUCAGAGUCGGUGUAGCCAAAACAAGAGGGGAGCAUAGAUUUCGACUGGUUGGACGAGAGAGAAAAGACGAGGGUGAUGGCGGAUUCAAGCGAUUCCAUAUCUGUUGAUAUGGAAACGAUUUAUCUUGGUGGAAAGGUUUCAGGUCCACUUGACUCAGAUACCAAAGAGACAAUUAUUGGCAAUGCAUUAUUUCGCUUGCAAAGUGAUAUUGAUGAUCCUCACACCUUUGCUGACCUAUUUGUAUCCAAUUCUGAUCCGAUUUUACUCAUGAGAGCAUGUGCAUACUAUCCAAAUAAUGGGCUGGGAGCAUUUGGUAUUGUUCUCGUGCUUCAAAAGAAGAGAUUGUCUUCAGAAGAGAAGAUUAUGGUGUCAUUGGUUUGAGAUAUGGGUCAUCGAAUAUAUCACUAGGAGCCACACUUAUGCCAUAUUCAUAGAUGAAUUUCCUAAAUCUGCAUGGUUGGUCAGCAAGAUAGGAAGGUUAACUGUUGGUGUGCAGUUCGACCCUAAAUUUGAAAAGAAGGAAGAUGCAAGAUAUAGAAAUUUAAAAAAUUGGAAUUACGCCAUACGCUAUGGGCUUGGAACCGGAAGCCCGUUGAGCCCGUCAUUCAAUUUUGGUCUUGAACUUGCACAAAAUUUGCAGUUCAUAGUCUCCUUUUAUCAACAUGUGGUGGUCCAAAGAAGGGUGAAGAAUCCUCUUGAAGAUAAUGAAGUUGUUGGAAUCACAAACUAUAUAGACUUUGGGUUUGAGGUGCAAACAAGAAUUGACGAUGAAAAGACAUCAAACGACAUUCACGAUUCAACCUUUCGUGUUGCUGCAUCUUGGCAGGCCAAUAAGAACAUCUUGGUCAAGACAAAAGCGGGGCCCCUAGGUUCAUCGUUCUGUUUAGCCUUCAAGUCAUGGUGGAAACCUUCGUUCACUUUUAGCAUGUCAGGCUCUUAUUGUUUUAUAAGCUCAUUUAUUCGUCGUCCGAUGCUCCAGUCCUCCAGCUCCUCGCCAUGGCGGAAGAUGACAAUGGUGACGAAGAACCAGGAUAGGUGAUACAGUGGAGACGAUAUAAGCUUUGGCUAAGGGCACACAAGUUGGAUCAUGCAAUGCUUGCCUCUAAUCUUCCUUGGACAUGUAGAAUGGUGGAUGAACCAAAAACUAAGGAUGAGGCUACGGAAGAAGCAGAAAAAGAGCUAGAAAGGAUAAGCAAGUUCUUGAGCAAUUUGAGCUAGAAAAAGGAAGCCAUUGAUCAAACAACUCAAUAUCAAAGCCCUUGCCCUCAAGAAGGUAAAAUAUGAUAGAUUUGGAAAUAAGUUCUUUGCAAUUCAAGAGUUUAUUGUAAUUUUGUCAGAUUUUAUUCACUGCCAUUCUUGGAGCGUUUUGAUCAAAUUUAAUAUAUGUUGAUUAUGAAGAAUGCUUAAUAUAAAAGUAAUACUUAUCCAAGAGAGUCCACUUAUCACUAUCGAGUCUACUAAUCUAUCAAAGAGAGUCCAUUCUUAUAUCUUAUUAUGAAUUAAAAAGGAAUUACCUUUACAUAAAACUUUGAAUAUAUAUGGAGGCAAAGUUAGAAUACUUAUGAACCGAAGUAAAAAUUUGUGGUGGAUAAGCGAAAAUGGAUACUUUAGAGGUUCAAAAUGUUAUUUAUGUACUUUUUUAUUGUAAAUUAAGUUUUCCUAACCCGGGAGGGUCCCAUCAGUUUCUUGGUAACGGAUUCUAAUGCUUACCAAACCGAAGUUAUUACUGUUGAAAAGGUAUAUAACUAAACAACUUAUUGAAUUACAUGGGUCUUCAAGUCGUUACUUAUAGAGGUUUAUGAUUUUGCAUCUGCUAUUUAUCCAGUUGAAUAAUGUGGUUUUAUUUUAUAGAUCUAUA